UGGGUGAACUCAUUUAACAAACGGCAAGCGAACAGUGAAGAUAUACUAGUAUACAUAUAAGAGGAAUAUACAAAGCGAAUUGUACAAUGGGCUAUCCAGCGGCACUGAGCGUAUCACACCUAGAGCUGAACAAUAACAACAACGAGAUGACAAUGACCGAGAAAAGAUUCAUUAGUCCGUCUCCCGUCUUCUCUGACGUCAGCACGGCGCUUCAGGCCAGUUUAAGCCAAGCUAAAGAGGACGGUCGUAUCACACUCGGCGUCUAUCAGGCCGCUACGACGCUAGAAAACAACCUCGAGGACGUUAUGCUAUGCAUACUGGCGGCUGACGAUUUCAACAAUCUCGAACUUCACAUUCAUUUUACCCUGUUGGAGGCAUUCUGUUGGGAAAACGACAUCAGCCUAGUCAAGGUAGACUCUUCCUCCAAGCUAGGGAAGCUUCUAUUCGACGGCAAUCUUCCAGCAAAUGACAACGACUUUGCUGCUGGCCGCAUUAAUAGCCUCCGACCCCUGGACUGCGUUUUAAUACAGUUUCCAAAAGAAACCAUCAGUCCUCAGGAUAAAAAGGUUCUAGACUUUUACAAAGCGAGCGAAAGUAUGUUACCACGGCCCAUAAUCGACCUCCCGGAAUGACGCGGACGUUGGGGAACUGUUCUGUGAACCAGCACUGCGUUCCACUCAGCGCAGCGAGUCACGGGUUCCGGUGUAGUGCCUUUGUCGUGAAUACCGGUGUUAUCCCGUUGUUGUUGUCUGUGUCGUAAUCCAGCUCGCCUCGUCCAAUACCGGGGUAUGCGUAAACAUUGGACCGCCAUCAGGGGCAACGUGACCGUGUAUCGGUUAGCUUGGAGAAAAAUGGACGCUUACUUAGAUGGGACUUCAGAUUGACCUCGACUUGGUGCUAUAUGCUUUUUUGGUCGACGCCCAGGUUCCAGAUUUUGUCCCUUUGGAAAGAAAGACUAACUAUUGCUAUGGCUAAUUUCUAGUCUUUACCAAAACGUCAUAUCCAGUUGGCCAAAUGAAAAACGUGCAAUUAAUGACUCUAUGGAGCUCGUAUUUAGAGCGUUGAGUUGACAUCGAAUUAUCAUAUUUAGACUGAUAUUUAGAUGUAUUGAGAUCCACGUAAAAGUGCAUUGUAGAUGGGCGACUUAUUUACCUGUUCAAAGUAUGUGAUAAACGAUUAAGUUGAAAAAAGUUUGAACCUUCUCUGAUAUCUGCUCUGUUAACUGUUUUAACUUAUGAUGUGGUUUUUAAAAAGGCAUAUCGUAAUUGUUUACGUGCCCUAGACGGGAAUGAUGUAAAUUAUAUUUCUCUUGACAUAUUUUUGUAAAGAUGUAAAGGAUUGCUGCGGCUGGCCGCAUUUGCAUGCUCAUCAAAUAUCCAUUCUUAUUUUUUUACAUUCGUAUUUAAAAUCUAUUUAUUGAGGCUGUUAUAUUUGUUAAUAUUUUGUUAAAGUUGAAUGUGAGGAGAAGAAUAAACCUUUGAAAAUA